AUGUGGGAUUACCUGGGCAAGCAGCAGACAGUGCCUGUACUAGUCCUUGGAAUCAGCAUGGUGCUAGUAUUUCACCUCUUCUCUACAUAUCGGAAACUUCAGCACAUCCCCGGUCCUCUCAUCGCCAAAUUCACAGACCUUCAUCGCUUCGUCCUGGCACGCGGUCGCCUCAUCCACCUUUAUCAAUACCUCGCACACCAAAGAUAUGGUCCAGCCGUACGGUUUGGUCCUAACCUAGUAUCUAUCUGUGAUACGGAGGCCAUCCAGACAAUCUUCAACCUGUGGGGCGGGUUUCCUAAGAGUAAGAUGUACCGCGCUUUCCGACCGUGGACCCCUGAGGGCCUACUCCUCUCCGUCUUCACGGCUGAAGACGACAUAACAAAUCGACAAAUGAAGAAACACAUCUCCGUGUACUAUUCACUCUCAUGGGCUGUGUCCACGUUCGAGGACAGAAUUGACAGUGCCAUCCAAAUGUUCUUUGAUCAACUUGAUUGCCAUUUUAUAGACACAGGAUCACACAUUGACCUGACUAGUUGGCUUAAAUUCUUUUCCUACGAUUCUAUGGGUAUGAUGACAUUCUCUCGUCCAUAUGGGUACCUGAAGCACGGGAAUGACGUACACGGAAUCAUGGCCAGUGUCAAAAGAGCAAAUCUGGUCAUCGCACCGAUGACGCAGCUGCCAUGGCUCGACUGGCUUAUGCACAAGAACGAUCUCAUCAACCUCAUUAUGCCUGAAGCCAUUGCCCCUCUUAUGUCGUACAUUAAACGACGCAUCUCAGAACGUCAGAACAAGAGUUGGAACGAACGUAAACUGCCACGAAAUACAAACUCCGACGGACCCUGUGCUGAUAAUGACUUCCUGGGCUAUUAUCUACAAGCCCAUGAGAAAAAGUCCGAAAAUGUACCAAUUAAGUUUGUGUUCACGUGGGCCUUCGCUAAUAUUUUGGGAGGAGCCGACUCCACGGCUGCCAUGCUUCGAUCCGUGGUCUGUUUCCUUGUGGAAUACCCGGACGCACUAGAAACCGUACGGAACGAGCUACGGGAACAGCAACGCACUGCUAUAGGCCUCUCUCUUCCCGUUCCUAAAUGGAACGAGCUGCAGAACCUCCCAUUCCUGGACGCUUGUGUUAAAGAGUCACUCCGGCUUGAUCCUCCAUUUUCCAUGCCUCUGGAACGAGUGGUUCCAGCAGGAGGGGUGAUGAUUUGUGGUCAGUUUUACCCCGGGGGUACUAUUGUGGGCAUGAGUCCCUAUAUCACCAAUCGCUAUCGGCCGACAUGGGGGGAUGAUGCGGACCUGUGGCGUCCGUCUCGUUGGUUGGAAGGCGAACAGUCACAUAUUCGAAAACUAGAGGCUGCUUUGUUGAGUUUCGGGGCCGGGACACGAGGUUGCCUGGGCCAGCACGUCGCCCUGUUUGAAAUCAAGAAGCUUGUAACAGCUCUCUUCAUAAACUAUGAUAUUGACCUUGUGGAGCCUCGACCAAAAUUCAAUCGGUACGCAUGGGUUUCAAUCCCUGACAGCGUGCAUGCGACAGUCAGGAAAAAUGACAAAUUCAGCAAAUAG